AUGGGCAAACCGGCGUUUAAUUAUGUUCUGGAAACCGGGUUCUCUUCUCUACGGAGUUUCAUUCAACACCAAGAUCGCGCCAUCGAACAACAAUUGUCUGGCUGCAUCAUUCUCGGAGUCCGCCCUUACUUUCUCAUGUCCCAACUUUUCUGUGUUUCCUUGUCUGUUUUUCAACAUAUUCCCCCCAAUAUUGCGCCACUCUGA